AUGGGCGAUGACUAUGACCCCGUUAUCGAGUACAAUCAAGAGCUCCCUACGCUCACCUUUGAGACAGAACUGGGAACUGGCCAUAUGUUUGCAGAUUCAGCCUUUUUCUAUCUCAGCCUCAACACUGAGAGUAAACAGGCGCGUAUUGUAUACUCAAGCACCAUACCAGCUGACGAGAGAAUAAUUGCAAUAUCAGAGAGUUCAAGGAAUUUGGGCCUUCGAGAUGAUCCCUUCUCUUUUCUCACUUGUGCGCUGAGUUCUAUCCUGCAAGAUCAGGGGGCGAAUGCACAUCCUUUCUCCACAGCUAUCAGUGAAAUGGAGCACUACAGCAACUCUCUCAGGUACGAGAUUGUAGAAGGCGAAGAGACCAAAGUCAAAGAGACGGCGAUUCAACUCAAGAUCUGCCUCCCAUAUAUGGAGAAAAUCUUGGAGUUCGUUGAAUGCAUGAUUCAAAUCAUUGAGGAUACCAUUAGCGAGCACAGAGAAUGCAGAGAUUUACUGCCAAUACCUCAACACCACUACUUUCAAUCUCCAGACUUUACGCUCACAGGCGAUCUCUUUCAAGAGUUAUCAAGAGACGCGUAUAAGAAGAGUGAAUAUCUGCUUAUCAACGACUGCGCCAUCAAGGCUAGCACCGAGGCAAUGACGAGGUUGACUAAAGCGAACCGGGAAGAUAGCAUUAGAAUGAAUGAGAUUGGAGUUGCCAUGAAGCUUGAUAGUGAGGCCAUGAUUACCAUUGCCAAGCUCACCAUGUUUUAUCUCCCCUUGACAUUUGUGGCGACUAUUUUCAGUAUGGGAAUCUUCAAUUUUGACUUUGAAAACGGCAAGAAUGGGCGUCUUGUCAUGUCUAGCCAAUGGUGGCUGUACAUCAUCUUUGCCAUUCCCCUCACUCUGGGAACGUUUUACUGGUUUCGUGCAGUUACGAGAUCGCACAAACAGGCGAGCCAGAAAGCAGAACGAGAAGCCAAGCAGCCUGAAUGA